UAUCGCGUCUCCCCGCGCCCCGAAAAUAUUAUUGUGAACAAAAACAUAAAUAUUGUGUGAAAUAACAGUGUUUUAUUGUGUUUUCUAAAGCUAUUCAUUGGAUUAUUUAACCGAUGGACAGUGAAAUGAGCCAGUGAUAGUGUUUAGUGAUCAAGAUGGCGGUGAACAGCCCCGGAGGUUAUCCACCCGUUUCUCCUAAACCACACACCCCUAAAAGCCCUCGCCACUUUAUAUUCCCCCAAAAAAGUCCUUCUAUAGCAUCCAGCACGUCUUCGUCCGGGUACUAUACCCCCCAGUCUGGCUGCAGCUAUGACAAGCACAACCAGCCCCCUAAAUCUCCAAUAGCUCACGGACACAGAAGUCCGAUGUCUCCAAGGCACUUUAAUUUCCCCCAAAAGUCCCCAUCCGGCCGGUCGAGUCCAUGCGUCGAGCGCGCCAGCCUGCACUACACCACAUCUCUCAAGCACAGUCGUCGAGAGAAGUCCAGGUCGCCAAAACCGCCUCCCGUGCACAUCCACACGAACCCUGGCUACGUGUCCCCCAACCGUACGAGGAAACUAUACAGUUCUACUUCCACAGUGAGCUCGCCGCGGCUCGUGACGUCACCGAGCAUAGUCUCCAGUCACACAGAUGACUCCACAGACGCAAUGCCAGGCACUCCGUCUGCGAUCCUCCACGACGCAGAUGACGAGGCCACGACGAUAUCGUCAAAAAUUUGUCGAAAGUCGACGUCAGAUUUGACAGAUAUGACCGAUGACACGCCUCAUACUCGAUCGACGAGUAUUAGUAGACCAUGUUCUCCGAUGCGUAGAGGGUCCAUGAAGGGAGGUUUGGCGUACUUGGCGAGUAGACGAGGGUCGAGGGAGUCUACCAUGUCAAACUGCGACUCUGUAGAAGACAUAGGUCCGCUGAACUUCCAAAACACUAUGAGGGGUCGUCAGAGGAGGACGUCAAACUUUUUGGAGUUGCCAGUGGUGGAACACUCCCGGCCUCGUGUCUGCUCGCUGCCAGAGAAGCCGUACAACCCUCGAGUGUCAGACGACCUGUACCGGCUCCGUACCUUCAGUAUCACCACCAAGGGAGGUGUCGUCAACUGCGGGGACUCCAUCUGUAACCGCAGAAGUCGGUCCAAUACUUCUGUUAAUUCUACUAAUAGCAG